CGCGCACAACUGGCACGGGGUCCAUUCCCAUCAAGAUGAGUGGCGUCAGCCAUCUCAUCUGGGCUCACUCCAACUCCAACUCCAAGACCCUUGCGUUCCACAGCGGUGCAGAUGGUCGCAUGUCUGUGGACUUCUCUUGUGCCAUGUCCCCGUCGUCCGUGGACGAUGGGGGGUACGAUCAUGACGGUGAUGACCAUCAUGGGGGGGACGAUCAUUAUGGCGACGGUGAUGACUGGCAGCGGGGUGGUGGUUCAGGUUCGGGUUCCAGUGGGGCUUUCCUCUCGCAGCUCAUCUCUUGGCUCGGCUUGCUCUUUGGCUUCCGCAAGUAGAGGGUGUCAAACAUGUGUAUUUGUC